CCAGGAGUAGGACCCGGGAGCAGGAACCAGGAGCUGGACCAGGACCAAACCGAGCCCAACAGAGCGAACGUGGCGUCCAACGAGGCCAGCACCAGCGCCGCGGGCAGUGGCCCGGAGUCCGCCGCCCUGUUCUCGAAAUUGCGUAGCUUCUCCAUUGGCAGCGGGCCCAACUCGCCGCAGCGCGUCGUCUCCAAUCUCCGCGGAUUCCUCACCCAUCGCCUCAGCAACAUCACACCGAGCGACACAGGAUGGAAAGACUCGAUUCUGUCGAUUCCGAAGAAAUGGCUAUCCACGGCCGAGUCCGUAGACGAGUUUGGAUUCCCUGACACUCUACCCAAGGUGCCCGUGCCGCCGCUGGACGAAACGAUGGCCGACUACAUCCGCGCCCUGGAGCCGAUCACCACGCCGACGCAGCUGGAGCGGACCAAGGAGCUGAUCAGGCAGUUCUCCUCGCCCCAGGGACUGGGCCCUCGGCUGCAUCAGUACCUGCUGGACAAGCGCGAGGCGGAGGACAACUGGGCUUAUUACUAUUGGCUUAACGAGAUGUACAUGAACAUUCGCAUCCCCUUGCCGAUCAACUCGAAUCCGGGCAUGGUGUUCCCGCCACGUCGCUUCAAGACGGUUCACGACGUGGCCCACUUCGCCGCCCGGUUGCUAGACGGGAUCCUGAGUCACCGCGAGAUGCUGGACAGUGGGGAGCUGCCGCUGGAGCGGGCUGCAUCCAGGGAGAAGAAUCAGCCGCUGUGCAUGGCGCAGUACUAUCGACUCCUUGGCUCCUGCCGUCGACCAGGUGUUGAGCAGGACUCGCAGUUCCUGCCGUCGCGGGAGCGCCAGAACGACGAGGAUCGUCAUGUGGUGGUCAUCUGCCGCAACCAGAUGUACUGCGUUGUCCUGCAGGCCAGCGAUCGUGGCAAGUUGACCGAGAGCGAGAUCGCCUCCCAGAUCCUCUACGUCCUUAGCGAUGCUCCUUGUCUGCCGGCCAAACCCGCUCCGGUGGGUCUGCUCACCGCCGAACCGAGGGCGAGAUGGGCACGUGACCGGGAAAUGCUGCAGCAGGACGAGCGGAAUCAACGCAAUCUGGAGCUCAUUGAGACCGCUCAGGUGGUGCUCUGUCUGGACGAGCCGCUGGCGGGGAACUUCAAUGCCCGUGGCUUCACCGGCGCCACGCCCACUGUCCACAGGGCUGGGGAUCGGGACGAGACGAACAUGGCCCACGAGAUGAUCCACGGCGGAGGCAGCGAGUACAACUCCGGAAAUCGCUGGUUCGACAAGACCAUGCAGCUCAUUAUUUGCACCGACGGAACUUGGGGCCUGUGCUAUGAGCACUCCUGCUCCGAGGGCAUUGCUGUGGUGCAGCUGCUGGAGAAGAUCUACAAGAACAUCGAGGAGCACCCGGACGAGGACAAUGGUUUGCCGCAGCAUCACUUGCCGCCACCAGAGCGCCUCGAGUGGCAUGUGAAUCAGCCACUCCAACUGCGCUUCGGCCAGGCUUCCCAGAGCGUGGACAAAUGCAUCGAUGACCUGGACUUCUAUGUCUACCGCUACCAGAGCUACGGGAAAACCUUCAUUAAGUCGUGUCAGGUCAGUCCGGACGUCUACAUUCAGCUGGCCCUGCAACUGGCCCACUACAAGCUCUACGGACACCUGGUGGCCACCUACGAGAGUGCAUCUACGCGGAGAUUUUUGCAUGGUCGCGUGGACUGCAUCAGAGCCGCCAGCACGGAGGCCUUGGAGUGGGCCAAGGCCAUGUGCCAGGGCGAGGGCGCCAACGUGGCCCUGGAGAGCGAUCGCGAGGACGAGGAGGAAUCACGCAAGGUCAAGUUUAGUAUUUACAGUAAGGAUCACCUGCGUGAGCUGUUCCGCUGUGCCGUCGCCCGCCAGACGGAGGUGAUGGUGAAGAAUAUCCUGGGCAAUGGCAUCGACAUCCCGCUGCUGGGACUCCGAGAGGCCAGCAUAGAGGUCACCGGCGAGAUGCACGAGCUCUUCAAGGACGAGUCCUACAACAUCUCGCAGUGCUUCUUGCUCUCCACCAGUCAGGUGGCCUGUUCCACGGACAGCUUCAUGGGAUACGGACCGGUGACGCCUCGGGGAUACGGCUGCUCCUACAAUCCCCAGCCGGAGCAGAUCGUCUUCUGCGUGUCGGCCUUCUACUCCUGCGAGGACACGAGUGCCUCGCGCUACGCCAAGUCGCUCCAGGAUUCGUUGGACAUAAUGAGAGACCUCCUACAGAAUUAGAGCUCCCGAACGGGGGCUCCAACCAAAACAUAUCAGUAAAUGUACCUUAGCAGGUUAGCGAACGAAACUAAGUAAGUGUAACUAGCGACCGCCCGGGCGUUUCAUUUGUGACCAAGCACCACCAAGCGAGCCACCCAACGAGGGGUGGGGAUCCGAGGAUCCGAGAAGGAUAACGAAAUCGAAAACUAAUGUCAAUCACUAUCAUGUUGAGACAGACAAAACAGAAAUCAGAGAAACUAUAUAUGCAACCCAUUCGCUUUACAUAUCCGUUUACCUAAGUAUCCUCGUAGUUGGAAUUAGAGCAACUCUAGUCAAUUAAAUGUUUUAGAGCCAUUUUACGCGCAAAGUGUUAGUGCUGUUAUCUAAGUGUUUAUUGUGCAACAUUAAAUAUGAGUGUUAGUCAUACUAAUUCACACGCCAACUCAUUUAGCAGAGCUUACGAACCCCUUGUUUAGCCCCACUGUCCCCAAGUUAUGGCGUGCAGCCCACGAGUAUGCAAUACUUUUCGUUACGAGAGUUGUGUUUCAAAUACGGUUCUAUAGACUCUAUAGGUGUUACAAAGAUACUAGCUAAAACAUAUACUAAAAGUACUCUCUACGCUUGUUACUGCAGUUUCGUUGUUGUUCGUUUCAGAAUGUAUCAAACAAAAUUACAUAGUGUCCGUUGAGAUAUGUAUUCCACAUAUAUUCGUGUUUAGAGAGCAAAUGGUAUACCGUAACUAAAGGCUUUUUGGAUGAAUAUAUAUAUGUACAACCCAUGAAAAUAUAAAGUAGAGGAAUAUUAGAGAAUACGCGUAUAGACUUGAGACGUAACAAUGCAUAUCAAUAAAUUUAUAUACACCCCAGGGAAGGCAAGAAGAUGAGUAGAUCGAUAGAUGAUUGAGGGAGAUUGCAGCUAUAUAUAUAACCUACAUGUGUUUGUUCAAGCCGUUUGUGAAAACGUAUGUUUCGAUGGCGAUUCCAAGCCAUCAAUGUUCUACAAAAUAUAUACAUAAAUAUUAUACGUAUGUUAUUUACAAGAGAAAUUAUAUGAGAAACGUUAAAGGACAACCAGAUACAUAUAUCAAAAUAGUUGCUGUGUUCAUUGUUGCUAUAUAUGUAUGAUUAUCUUCUAACCUGUUAACCGAACUAUCGCUACGAACUAUCCAACUAUCUAUCCUGUAUUCGAUCUAUCUAUUAUUAUUGCGUUACCCUACUGUUUGUCGUUAAGUUUGACUUGUUUCCAUAUGGCUAAGAGCCGCAAUUGAUGUAUGCAAAAAUAAUCACGAACCGAAUAAAAUGAAGUAAAUGCAUUACAAA